AUGAAGCUGUUGUUGAAGAUCAAACAGGAUGGGCUCGGAUAUGUUAAAGGACGACACACCGUUGCGAAGAUGCGGAUAGCCGCCCGCUGUUCAAGUCAACGCGUCAAAACGGACGCUACGGCGCUCCGUUGCGCAUCGUUGGACAUCCAAAUGAACCAUCGUGGACUCAGCAAUGGAGGUCGUACAAGGUUGGAGGAAGAGAUCCUGGAAAAUUACAUCGUUCUUCUUGAAAGCAUUCAUAGCUGCUGGGGUGGUGAAUAA